GUGGUUCUGUGCUGUGUUUCCGGUUUGGUGUCCAUGAGAGUCCCUAAUGGCUGUGCCAGGACUCUGGCACUCGUUCGUGCUGGGAGAACCACCGGGAGGAGGAGCCCGGACAUCAGGGCACGAAAAUGGCGCUGUUGACAUUCAGAGAUGUGGUCAUUGAUUUCUGUCUGGAGGAGUGGAAAUGCCUGGACCUGGCUCAACGAACUCUGUAUAGGGAUGUGACAUUAGAGAACUACAGAAACAUUUUUUCCCUGGGUCUCGCUGUCUCUAAGCCCCACCUGGUCACCUGUCUGGAGCAAAACAGGGACCCCUGGAAUGUGCAGCCACGAAACAGAGCAGCUGCACCUCCAGCUUUUGUGAAGUCUCAUGCAAAAUACAUUGAACAUGAGAAAAUUGAUACUGUCGAGACACCCCACAAUGGCAAAGAAUGUGGCAAGGCCUUUAGCAGAGGCUCAUCUCUUACAAAACAUAUGACAGUGCACACCAGUGAGAAACCCUACAAAUGUGAGGAAUGUGGCAAAGCCUUUAACCGAAGCUGCAGACUUACUAGACACCAGAGACUCCAUACUGGCGAGAAACCCUACAAAUGUGAAGAAUGUGGCAAAGCCUUUGUUGGAAGCUCCAGACUUACUGAACACCAGAGGGUUCAUACUGGAGAAAAGCCCUACACAUGUAAAGACUGUGGCAGAGCCUUUCGUCUGUGCUCAAACUUUAUUGAACACCAGAGAGUACACACAGGAGAGAAACCGUACAAGUGUGAGGAAUGUGGCAAAGCCUUUAGAGUGUCCUCACACCUGACUCGACACCAGAGAACUCACACUGGAGAGAAACCCUAUAAGUGUAAAGAGUGUGGCAAAGCCUUUGUUGAAAGCUCAAGCCUUAUUCAACACCAGAGAGUUUAUACUGGUGAGAAACCCUAUAAAUGUGAAGAAUGCGGAAAAGCCUUUGGUCGGAGAUCCAUAUUUAUUAAACACAAGAGAGUUCAUACUGGUGAGAAACCCUACAGAUGUGAAGAAUGUGACAAAGCCUUUGAUCAAAGGUCCAGACUUAUUCAACACCAGAGAGUUCAUACAGGUGAAAAACCCUACAAAUGUGUAAAAUGUGGCAAAUCCUUUGUUGGAAACUCAAGCCUUACUGAACACCAGAGAGUUCACACUGGUGAGAAACCCUACAAGUGUGCAGAAUGUGGCAAAGCCUUUGAUCGAAAGUCUAGGCUUAUUCAACACCAGAGACUUCAUACUGGCGAGAGACCCUAUAAAUGUAAGGAAUGUGGUAAAGCCUUUGUUGGAAGCUCAAGCCUUAUUCAACACCAGAGAGGUCAUACUGGGGAGAGACCCUACAAAUGUGAAGAGUGUGGGAAAACCUUUGAUCGAAGCUCCAGACUUCUUCAACACGAGAAUUCACAAUGGGGAGAAACCCUACAAAUGUGUAGAAUGUGGCAAAACCUUUGACCAAAGCUCAAGCCUCAUUCAACACCAGAGAGUUCACACUAGCAAGAAACCCUACACAUGUGCAGAAUGUGGCAAAGCCUUUGAUCGAAGGUCUAGGCUUAUU